GGUACAUAAAUCCACAAAAAAAUUAAUCCUUUCAAAACAUUAGUCGUCUUCUUUCCGAGUGAACUUGCGGAACCGGAGAUCUGACAAAUUGGUGACCUCGACGUGAUAGAAAUACGCAACCUUAUGGAGUCAAUCAUCUCUUACAAGUAAUUCGUAUGUACUUCUUUGAGUAUAAGGACUCCCUAUGUCACUGUGCGGCGUUCGGGUGCGAAUUUACGCAUGAAUUACGCCACAAACGACAGACAUACGUACGUGCGUGAGUGCACUACACCCCUACGUGCGUCACGCACAGUUUCUCACACUUUCGCCGUACUCUAUAAGCGUCUUUGACAAUAUUCCCCACGCGCAUCGAUAUGUCUUUCAGCUGAAAGAUGAAAUUCUUCUAAUUAGACGAAUUGUUACACAACAUCUAUCGCGUUAACAGGAAUAAUAAAAGUACAACGUCUACCGACUGUAGAAGUAAUGGAAAUGUGCACUGCUGUGUGUGAACACACAUUGGAAAGGUAAUCAAUAUGUUUACUUCUUUAUACACGCACAAUGAAAAAUGUAAUAAUCUGCACUCUCCACAAUUAUGCAAAACGUUCGUUGCAUUACUGCACUGUUAUAUCCAACUUUUUAAAUUCAUCAAUAGACAUGAAAUAUGAAAAGUGUUGCUAUUGUACGUAUGUAUGUAUAUUGUAAAGACGUUCUAUGAACUACACUAGAACGGAGUCGACGCGUGUAAUAAUAAAGUGGUGAGCAGGUACAAUAGUGACGGUUACCAUAGUAAUAAAUGGGGGCACACCGGCAUACAGGCACUAAGACGCACCACUUACUUUCGUGGAAGAUGGACUUCGCUGGAGAACGGUAUUAUAAGCUGAAUAGAAUUCUUCUGUUAUCUCUCGGUCUGUGGCCUUAUCAAAUUUCAACUUUCAAGAAAGUACAAAUAAUCUUUUUCCAAACGUUAUCCAUAUCCUUUCUAAUAUGUCAGUGCAUCCUAUUGUUUGUAAAACAGUACAGCAUCGAUGGUAUUACCAAAGUGUUGAUGAUGAUCAUUUUGUCUAGUAUAUCUAUACUAAACUAUAACACAGGCCUCAUACUCAGCGAUAAGAUCAAAUAUAUCUUCGAUAGCGUUCGAUACGAUUGGAAUAUGUUAAAGACUCAGGCAGAAUUGGAAGUGGUACAAAAAUAUGCAAACAAUGCAAAAUUUUAUACGACUUUUCUUACACUUAUGAGUACUUUCUUUUCAUUGGGAAUUUUAUUACUACUUGGUCUACCCCGUAUACUUGAUGUGAUUAUACCAAUGAAUGAAUCGCGACCGCAACAAACACUAGUUGAUAUGGAAUACCUCGGUGAUAAAGAAACGUACUUUUUCGCUACCUUGACACAUAUUUGCUUAAACUUUUUUGCUGGAAUGAUGACAAUGAUGGCUAUUGCAACAACACUAAUAAUAAACGUUUUGCACAUUUGUGCUUUGUUUAGAAUCGCCAGCUAUCGAAUGGAACACAUAUUUGACAAAAACGCACAACCAAUAGCAAAGGACAUUAAACAAUCUGUAGUUUAUAACAAUAUAAUAAACGCCGUAUAUGUUCAUCGUAGAGCUUUGGAUUUAGCCAAUAUUUGGACAAACAGUUUUUCAACAAUGUAUGUCGUGUUAUUAGUACUUGUUGUGCCUGCUAUGAGUCUCAGUUUCUUCAACUUUAUUAAUGCGGUAAGAUCCCUGGAAAUAGUGGAAUUAAUAGUGUGCGGUUGCUUGUUAUUUGUACAAUUAUAUUUGAUUUUGUUGGAAAAUUAUAUUGGACAGGACAUUAUAGAUAGCAGCACUGGCAUUUGUGAAGCGACAUAUAAUGCACAGUGGUAUGCUGCGCCAUUAUGUAUGCAAAAGUUGAUGAUACUCAUAAUACAAAGAAGUAACAGAAGAAGUAUUUUAUUGGUUGGAGGUUUAUUUGGCGCGUCGUUACAAGGUUUUAGUUCGCUCAUGAGUAUGUCUAUAUCCUACCUCAUGGUCCUUCAAUCCGUGGGAUUAUACAAAGAAGAUGGAAAAAGUAAUAGUUACGUUUAAAGAAUCCGAUUUACAGGUAUAGGAUGUGGUCAGUACAUUCUACGUGUACUUCCUU